CAGCGGCGUCUCCAGGGGUCCUUCCCGCCGCCGGGCCCGGCGCCUCCAAGAUGGCGGCGGUGUGAGGCGGAGGCGCCGUCUCCGCUCCCCGCCCCGCGGCCGGCGGGAUGCUGCGGUCCACCGGUUACUUCCGCGGUAUCGACUGCCCUUUCCUCACCGCUGCGGAGGGUCCGCCGUGCCGUCGGCCCUACUGCCAUUUCCGGCAUCCUCCGGUCGCGGCGGCGCGGUGCGGAGCUCACGGGGCGGGCGGCGCGCUGGGCCUCGGCGCAGAGCGGGGCUAUGAUCCCUACAACCCUGAGCUGCCAAAGCCCUCGCUGGAGGCAGAGGAUGGGGCCCUGGCUGAUCUUACAGACAUGACACCUGGCAUUCUGGAGCUCGAGCUGGUCAACAAAGCCAUCGAGGCAGUCAAAAAUGAAGUUGAGAGAGAGCAGAAAAAGUAUGAGGAGCUGUUGGAAACCACAAAGGAGCUCAGGGCCUCUGAUGCCUCGCUUAUUUCAGAAGCACCUGUGUCAGCUGCCAUGACACAAAGUGAUUUGUUUACCUCCUUAGAAUAUAAUCCAGGUAGCUACAACUUCAGUAAUAACUCCGACUACAACCCCACUCCUUUUGCUGCUGCUGGCCAGUCGAGUAAAUACACCUUGGAUUCGCUGCGAUCUAAAGGUAACUCGCUGGAAUACGUUCCCAAGGCUGUAGCACAGUCUAAAAGAUACAGCAGCACUGUCACUAACAAUAAAUACGUCAUCGACGACUCCAAGCCUUCGACCGACUUGGAGUACGACCCGCUUUCAAAUUACUCAGCCAGGCUUUUGAACAAAGCUGCAACGAAGGAGCUGAAGGGGUCUAAAAGGGGAAGGGUCCCUAGUUAUGAGGAUUGCUAUUCUCCUUCACGAAAGAAGCUCUGUGAAGCACCCGACGAGUACGAAGUGUGUGCCAGGUUCUCCUCCUCUGAAGAUGAGGCUGAUGCAGAAUACAAAUCGACCUCUGUUAGCUCUCCAUCAAAAGCUGGUUCAGAAAGUGAAUCAGAUGAUGGAUUGUCCAGCAAAGAGCGGAGCGCUGCGUCGGGUGACUUCACUUCUCAGGGUAGCAAAGAAACUGCAGCGAAAUACGGCGUGGAGGAUCUGCCUGGUUCACAGAAAAUCCCUCCGAAAAAUCUAUUGGAGAAGAAUGCCAAAGCAGCAAAGUUGUAUUCUGGUAAGAAUGACCAGGAGACUGAAAGUAAAAACAAAGAUUAUAAAGAUAAAACCAAGAGGAAGAAAUCGGAUGUGAGUAAAACGCCCGGCCUCGGUGAGGUUGGUAAGAAAGAGAAAAGUAAAAAUGCAGAGAAAGACAAAGUAGGCAAGAAAGAAGAAAAACUGAAAACAAAGAAUGAAGAGAAAAACUGCAGAGACAAAAGUGUUAAAGUGAAAACCGAUGGGAAUUUAAAGAAAGCUGAUAAAUACAAGUCAGAGAGAGUGGAUGAGCUGAAGAAAGAGAAAUCCAAGGGUUCCAGCAGUAGUACAGGGAAAAGCAAGAGUGAGGAUGUCACCAAGGGCUCUGGCACAGAGAAGCUGGGUGGCAGCAAGAAAGAGUCUAAGCUAAAGACAGCUGAUGUGAAGAAUGGUAAGGAAUCCUUGAGCAGUAAAAACAAAGACAAAGGGACCAAGAGCUCAGCAGUGGAGCAAAAGAAGGAAAAGGUCAACGUUGCAGGAAAAGGAGAUCCAAAGAAAGGGCAAAAACAGCAGAGCCUGAGUCAUGUUGACCUGUUUGGAGAUGAGAGUGGGGAUGAGGAUGACAGGGGCAAACCUGUGCCGUCCACGUUACCUGAUGUGAGCUCAGACUCGGAUGCUGACAGCAGCGGUUCGGAUUCUCAGAGUGAAAAUGGAAAGGCAAAGAAAGCAAAGCGUUCUAAGUUGUCCAAGUCAUCGUCAUCUUCCUCAACAUCUGAUGACAUUGAUUAUUCCAGCCUGGAGAAGGACUUGGACUUCGAGACAGACCCCAUGGAGGAGUGCCUCAGGAUUUUCAAUGAAUCCACUGAUGUGAAAACGGAAGACAAGGGGAGGCUGGGGAAGCAGCCAUCGAAGGAAGAAGGAAAUAAAGAAAAGACAGAAGAGAAUUUAACCACCUUAUUUCCCGGCCAAAAACGAAGGAUCUCUCAUCUUGUCAAACAAGGAAAUGCAGAGGUCCCGAACAGACCCGUAGUCCGGCCGUACCGCCCGCCCACAGCACAGGAGGUGUGCUACCAGAGGAUCCAGCUGGCCCAGCAGCAGGCAGCACAGCUGGCCGUGGCUGUGCAAAAGGCCUCCCUGUCUCUGCCAGGAGAAAAGAGGAGGAUUGCUCACGUGCCAAAUGUAGCCCUUACUGCAGCAGUCAAGCAAAGCCUGGUGGGUGGCAAGAAGGCUGCUGCUGGCAAGAGUAUCACACCUGCCAAUGACUCCGAAGCUCCCACCCCUCCUCUGAAGGCCUGCACCUUAGCUGGGAUGGCUUCCAAGACCACCAGCACCACCGUGCAGAAGAGGAUAGCCCACGUUCCGUCCUUGCAGAGCGCCAGCUUACAGAGGCCUGUUAUUCCCACAGAAUUUGGUGCUAAAGUCCCAACAAACAUUCGUCAAAGAUAUCUCAAUCUCUUCAUUGAUGAGUGCCUGAAGUUCUGCUCCUCCUCCCAGGAAGCCUUUGAUAAGGCUCUGGCAGAAGAGAAGGUGGCUUAUGAACGCAGCACCAGUCGCAACAUCUACCUGAACGUGGCAGUGAACACCUUGAAGAAGCUCAGGAGCCUCGUGCCCAAUUCCCCCUCCAGUACAAACAAAACAAGUAACAAGAAGGUGGUGUCCCACGAAGCUGUGCUGGGAGGGAAGCUUGCUGCUAAGACCAGCUUCACCCUAAACCGAUCAGGGAGCUUGAAAGCAGAGGAUUUAACAGGAGCUGCCCUGUACCGUCGGCUGAAGGAGUAUCUCAUGACUGAGGAGCAGCUGAAGGAAAAUGGUUACCCCAUGCCUCACCCGGAGAAGCCAGGCCGUGCCGUCCUCUUCACAGCAGAAGAGAAGAAGAGCACUGACUCCUCCUGCAGGAUUUGCUGUCGCUGUGGCACUGAGUACAUGGUCUCAGCCUCUGGAAGCUGCAUCCGCAAGGAGGAGUGCGUCCAUCACUGGGGGAGGCUGCGCAAGCAGAGAGUGCCAGGUGGAUGGGAAACUCAUUACAGCUGCUGCUCAGGAGCUGUGGGUUCAGCAGGCUGCCAGGUUGCUAAGCAACAUGUCCACGAUGGGCGGAAAGAGAGCCUUGAUGGCUUUGUGAAGACAUUUGAGAAGUUGCCUACGACUGAUGGUUACCCCGGGAUCUUCGCGUUAGACUGUGAGAUGUGCUACACUAAGCAGGGACUGGAGCUGACGAGAGUAACGGUGAUCAACUCUGACCUGAAAGUGGUGUAUGACACCUUUGUCAAACCAGACACCAAGGUGGUGGACUACAACACCAGGUUCUCAGGUGUGACAGAGGAGGACCUGGAGAACACUAGCAUCACCCUGCGGGAUGUCCAAGCCGUCCUGCUGAACAUGUUCAGUGCAGACACCAUAUUGAUAGGGCACAGCUUGGAGAGCGAUUUAUUUGCACUAAAGCUUAUCCAUGGCACAGUGGUGGACACUGCGAUCGUCUUUCCCCACCGCCUGGGCCUGCCUUACAAACGGGCUCUGCGGACGCUGAUGGCCGACUACCUCAAGCGCAUCAUCCAGGACAACGUGGAAGGACACGACUCCAGCGAGGACGCCAGGGCUUGCAUGGAGCUGAUGAUCUGGAAGAUCAAAGAAGACUCGAAAGUGAAACGAUGACCUGCGCUUUCUCUCCCUCCUGUUCCUCCUCCACCUCUUUGAAGCAGUGCAAUAAAUGCUCAGAGUAACACUGUCCACCCGUACGCAGCAGCAUGCUACCCCAGGCUCCCCGUGCACUCACAGGUAUCUCAUGGGCUGCUGGUGGUGCAGCUGAGGGCACCAGCUGGCUGCCUGCAGGUCCCUGUGUCCACAUAGCAGCUCUCGGACCCUCUUUUCUCUGCCUGAGGGGUACUCUGUGCUCCAGCAGUUGCCCCAUAGGCAUGGCAAGGUGGUUCUGAGCAGCACAGCUAGAGGGAACUCCGUGGUUCCUCGAGAAGCUCGUAGAGGUAGGUUGGAUACGUGCAGAAGGAUCUUUCUGGUUCCGUUCAAGGUAGAUUGUUACUGUUAUUUUUUUCCCAAACGUAACUUAAAUUGCUUUUCUAGUCCAAAGCAGGUUCUCUUCCUGCGGUGUUGGGAGAGGGGUGGGAAGUGGAGUAGAGCUGGGCAGGAGGCUGUAAAGUGGAUUCUGUAGCUGAUGUGUGAGCAGGGAGUGGCGAGAGCAGAUGGAGCCGUCCUGUGUGAUCCAGGGCCGAUCCACUGUGCUGCACAGCCAGGGCUGCAGCGAGGUGGGCCAGGGAGCUCCCUGCUGAGUGCUGGGCAGCUGCUGAGUGCUGGCAGCCUGGCACUGCAGGCCGGGCUGGGUGUCAGGCAUUGCCUGGACCUCAGAGAGACGGGGCUGCGAUGGGUUGGGAUGGGCCACGAAGGGAUGUGAGGGGGCUGCAGGGCAGGAGCUGCACUGAGGAGGGCAGCAGUGAAUGCAGGCACUGCCGCAGGUCGGGAUGGGCCGUCCUUCCCCUCAGCCAGGCUUCGCUUUGGGCUGUUUGGGAGCAAGGUUUUGGGGAGGACCUGGGUGCAGAAGGGUCCCGAAUGGUCCGUGCACAUGUGCAGAACUCCCCCCUGCUCCAUCCCUGAUGGCAGGGACCCGAUACGCACCAGAGCAAAAGCAAUAGAUGGAAAAUGCUCCUAUUUUUUUUUUCUUUUCUUUUUUUUUCUAACUAGUUUACAUGUUGGGAGCUUUCAGAAAAGCAGAAGCCUCCCUUGUUGUUGUGUCAGGCGCCCCGGGACGAAAGCAGUGUUGUGCACAGCAGUGGAUUCCCCUGGCUGCUCGCUCUGCAUUCCAUCCGCUGGCAGUGGGGGGGGGUCCCAGCCUCUUUUCCCCCCACUGGAGCCGUGCAGCUCCUGCUGCUCCCCGAUGCUCACAGGGCACAACACCACCCUGCCCUGGCAGCAUUGCAGCCGUGGGGUUUCCACCUGCAGCCUCUGUGGGUGUUUUCCUCCCAGCCUUCUCCCAUCCCUGCAGGGAGCAGCGCUGGCCACCCAGACCCAGGGAAACACAGUUCAGAGCUUCACCAGGGAGGGAAGCUUUCUCUCCUGCUUUGCCUUUCUGUGGUUUAUCCCGUUUGUUUUCACUCCUGGUGGCAGCAGCGCCCUCCUGCAGCAGCUUUCCCCCAUCGCAUUGGGGUUGUGCCCUGCUGGGGGCCGCACAGCAUCUCUGCAGUGCAAUCAGAGCCCGGAGGGAGGGCUGUGGGUCCUUCCCUGUUCGUCGGGAAGGAGAUGGGCACAACUGGUGUGGCUGAGAGUUGGAGCCACGUGUUGUCAUUGCUGCCCCAUAGCGAGAGGCUCCGGGUGCUGAGCAGCCCCUGAGCCCACAGCCCUUGGGGGAGGAUGCUGUAAAGCAGAGGUUUGUGGCCGCACGGAGGCGUUGGGUUGUGUAUAAAUGUUGUAACCUGUCACUUUUUGUAAUUGUUUUUAAUAAAAGGGUGUUG